AUGAAUUAAUAAUUUACUUAUUAUCUUGAAUGGGAAGAAACUAAAGUAUUAUAUUUAUUAAAUCUAUAGUUGGCUAUGAAUGCUAACAAUAAAUUGGAAUUAGUAACAGAACCACUCAUUAUUUAAAAAUAAGUCUUAACAGAUGAUGAUCAAAUAAUUGAAGGAUCACUUACUAUUGAUAAUAAGAAAGAUCAUGAUUUCUAAAAUGAAUUCAAAAAAAUGAUUAAUAAUAAUUAUCCUUCAAAUAAAAAAUCAAUAAAAUAUCAUUCUAAUCAAAAAGAUAGGAUUGAAAAGAGUAUCACAUAAAUCUCUUCCUCUAUUAUAUCCUAAGAUAUAUUACCUAAUGAAAUCAAAUAAAACAAAUAAGAUAUCUAAAAUUUUGGUGAUAAAAAAUUAUUUUUGAUUAUUAAAGGAGAAGGCUUCUUAGAAUUUAGAAUUCGUUCAAUUAGCUUUAAAUUAUAAUGUCCAUAAUGUAAAGAAUAUUUUACUAGUUUUAUAAAUAAAAUACAAUUAAAUAUUAUAUAAUUUCAAUCAGAUUGUAAAAAAUGCUAAUAAUAAAUGAACAUAGUCUAUUAAAAAUAAAUUUAAUAAUAAUAAUCUAUAAAUCUAUCAUAAUGGUUAAUUGGCUCUAUUAAAAUUUAUGGAAAUAUUCAAUGGUAAUUAAAUGCUAUAAAAGUAUCAGUAAUUUGUAAAUGUUUGUCAAAUAAUUCUCGAUUACCUUAUUUAGUAUUUUCUUUUGAAAAAACAAAAAAAAUAAUUUCAUAAACUGAACGAUAAAAAUGUUAAAUAAUAGAUUAAACUAGAUAAUUAUGUCAUGGAUGUGUUUAAGAAUUGAAAUUCUAACCUGAAUGGUUAAUAAUUAAAUAAUGA